UAUAUACACCCCUCCUGACUCAUAUUCUUGCACCAUCUCCACUUCCAAAAUUUAUAAACCCUAAAUCUCUAUCCCUCUCUUUUUUAUACAAACCUAAAAAUGUUCAUCUUUCUCAUUAUCUUUAUCUCUUUAGGGUUUUUCCUCUUUUCUUUCUUUUUUUCGCUCUUUCAAGAAUUCCAUAACAGUCAAAUAAAACUACUCUCCUCUCAUGGCCCUCCUUCUUAUCCAAUCAUAGGAUGUUUGCUUUCUUUCUCCAAAAAUCGCGGCCGUCUCUUGGACUGGUACACCGAUCUUUUAUCAGUAUCACCAACACAAACCAUUGUAGUACAAAGGCUAGGCGCACGUCGCACCAUUAUCACCGCAAACCCGGUCAAUGUUGAACAUAUGCUUAAAACCAACUUCACUAACUUUCCUAAAGGCAAACCCUUUACCGACAUAUUGGGCGAUCUUCUUGGAUGUGGCAUAUUUAACGUUGACGGUGAAUUAUGGAGUACUCAACGUAAACUCGCUAGUCAUGAGUUUAGCACUAAGUCUUUAAGGGAAUUUGUCGUUAAGACAUUGCAAGAAGAAGUGGAGAAUCGUUUGAUACCAAUUCUUGAUGAGGCUGCAAAUGAAGAAAGAGUUUUGGACUUGCAAGAUUUGUUAAAAAGAUUUGCGUUUAAUCUUGUUUGUCGUGUUUCUUUAGGCACAGAACCUUUUCCUUUGCAUGUUUCGCCUCCUCUUGUUCAGGCAUUUGAUACAGCUGCUGAAAUUUGCGCCAUGCGUGGAGCAGCGCCUGUUUAUGCUGUUUGGAAGAUCAAGCGAAUGCUUAGUAUUGGCGUUGAAAAGAAGCUUAAAGAAGCAAUUAAGCUUGUUCAUUGCUCUGUUCUGGAUAUUGUACGGAAAAAGAAGAGAGUACUUGAAAAUCUAGAUGAACAAGAUAGAAAAUUACUGGAUUCCGAUCUUUUGUCAAGAUUGUUAUCAGCUGGACAUGAUGAGGAAGUUAUAAGAGACAUGAUGAUAAGUUUUAUUAUGGCGGGAAGAGAUACAACUUCUGCAUCUAUGACUUGGCUUUUUUGGUUGCUUUCAAAAAAUCAGCAUGCAGAGAAAAUGAUUAUUGAUGAAGUUGAAACUUUACUUAAUAAUGGUGAAAGAGUCAUGGAUUUUGAAAUACUGAAAGAAAUGAACUUUUUAAAAGCAAGUUUGUGCGAGUCCAUGAGAUUAUAUCCUCCGGUGGCUUGGGACUCAAAACAUGCACUUGCCGAUGAUGUCUUGCCGGACGGAACUUUUGUAGGGAAGGGUGAUAGAGUGACCUACUUCCCCUAUGGAAUGGGAAGAAUGGAUACUUUAUGGGGAAAAGACCAGUGUGAUUUUAAACCAGACCGGUGGUUCGAGGGACCGGUUGGGAGCGGGACAGGCGGUGCAACAUUGAAGUCGAUGAGUCCGUACAAGUUUCCGGUAUUCCAAGCCGGUCCGAGAUUGUGCCUUGGUAAAGAAAUGGCGUUUAUACAGAUGAAGUUCGUUGUGGCUUCUGUAUUAAGACGGUUCGAGAUCAAACCGGUUGGUCAGAACCAGCCGGUUUUUGUUCCAUUAUUGACGGCUCAUAUGGCUGGUGGUUUGAAGGUUACGGUCAAGAGAAGGAGAUGAGAAUCUUUCCAAUUUCCGUGCACUUGUAAUAUAGUAUAUGAAUUUACUCUGUCGCCAAACGCGGUAUUAAGACUUAAACAUGUUCUAUAUUUUCGUGGAAAAAGGAUAAUCUUAUUAAAUUAAUUGUAAUA